UAAAAUAGAGUAGCUGCGAUACUUUCUCCAAAGGGUUCUUGAAUUUUUCUCCACUUCAAGCUUCAUAAAAACUCAAAAUCUUGUAUUCUUUUUAGUAGCAGUUUUUCAUUUUCUUGAUUGAUGAGAUGAAUAAUAGUACUAGUGCUAGUAAUAAUGCUACAACAACUGGAACAAAGUUCAUCAAAUGUGUUACAGUUGGAGAUGGUGCUGUUGGAAAAACUUGCCUUCUCAUCUCCUACACUAGCAACACUUUCCCCACUGAUUAUGUGCCAACUGUUUUUGACAAUUUCAGUGCCAAUGUUAAUGUUGAUGGGAAGAUUGUGAAUCUUGGCCUGUGGGAUACUGCUGGUCAAGAGGAUUAUAACAGGCUUAGGCCUCUUAGUUAUCGAGGAGCCGAUGUCUUCCUGCUUGCUUUCUCUCUCAUAAGUAGGCCUAGCUUUGAAAACAUAUCAAAAAAGUGGGUUCCUGAGCUAAGACAUUAUGCCCCAUCAGUGCCUAUUGUUCUAGUGGGGACUAAAUUGGAUUUAAGAGAGGACAAGCAAUUUAGAAGGGACUAUCCUGGUGCAUGUACAAUUUCAACAGAACAGGGUGAAGAACUGAAAAAACAAAUAGGUGCAGUGGCUUACGUUGAGUGCAGUGCUAAGACGCAGCAGAAUGUGAAGGCUGUUUUUGAUACUGCAAUCAAGGUAGUUCUUCAGCCUCCAAAGACCAAAAAACAGAAAAGAAAACACAAAGCCUGCUGGAUACUUUGAUCUAAGUAGCUGGAAGAGAGAUGUUUGUACAUUAAUCUUUUUCCAUUUUGGUGAGAUGUUUAGCCAUGCUAUCCGUAGAUUUAUAACUUUCUCUUUUCUUUUCUCCCUAUUUGCUUUAGUAAGAAUGCCAGUUUUCUCAUUUCAUAGUAUGUGUGAUGUGCUUGUUGAGUUUAUUGCUGGCUGCUUGUACAUGGUUUUAUAUGAUGGAAAAAAAGUGGGAAGUUGUUUGUUUGUCAA